CGCACAUGCGCCGGGGUCGGGCCGGGCUGGGCCGGGCCGGGGGGCGUGCGCUCUGCGAGCUGGAUGUCCGGGCUGCGGGCGCUGCUGGGCCUCGGGCUGCUGGUUGCGGGCUCGCGCCUGCCGCGGAUCAAAAGCCAGACUAUCGCCUGCCGCUCGGGACCCACCUGGUGGGGACCGCAGAGGCUGAACUCGGGUGGCCGCUGGGAGUCAGAGGUCAUGGCGAGCACAGCGGUGAAAUACCUGAGCCAGGAGGAGGCCCAGGCCGUGGACCAGGAGCUAUUUAACGAAUACCAGUUCAGCGUGGACCAACUUAUGGAGCUGGCCGGGCUGAGCUGUGCUACAGCCAUCGCCAAGGCAUAUCCCCCCACGUCCAUGUCCAGGAGCCCCCCUACAGUCCUGGUCAUCUGUGGCCCGGGGAAUAAUGGAGGAGAUGGCCUGGUCUGUGCUCGACACCUCAAACUCUUUGGCUACGAGCCAACCAUCUAUUACCCCAAAAGACCUAACAAGCCCCUCUUCACUGCAUUGGUGACCCAGUGUCAGAAAAUGAACAUCCCUUUCCUUGGGGAAAUGCCCUCAGAGCCCAUGAUGAUUGAUGAACUGUAUGAGCUGGUGGUGGAUGCCAUCUUUGGCUUCAGCUUCAAGGGCGAUGUUCGGGAACCGUUCUACAGCAUCCUGAGUGUCCUGAAGGGACUCACUGUGCCCAUUGCCAGCAUCGACAUUCCCUCAGGAUGGGACGUGGAGAAGGGAAACUCUGGAGGGAUCCAGCCAGACUUGCUCAUCUCCCUCACAGCCCCCAAAAAAUCUGCAGCCCAGUUUACUGGUCGCUACCAUUACCUGGGGGGUCGUUUUGUGCCACCUGCUCUGGAAAAGAAGUACCAGCUGAACCUGCCACCCUACCCUGACACCGAGUGUGUCUAUCGUCUGCAGUGAGGGAAGGUGGGUGGGUAUUAUUCUCAAUAAAGACUUAGAGCCCCUCUCUUCCAGAA